AGGCGCGCUAGAGUGAGAGAGAGGCAGCCUGACUCGGACACGGAAUACCAGUGCCAUUUUCACAUCGCGAGAGGCUCGGGUCUGGACACAACCAGGAGAGAGGCUUGCCAUCUCUGCAGAGCCCCCCCUCUCCAACUCCCUCAGCCGGAGCCAUGCAGUCCUUCAGAGAGAGGAGCGGUUUCCACGGUAACCAGCACUGCUAUCAGCAGGAUCCCCACGAAUCAUCGCGCCUCGAGAGUUACAGGCACCACCACAGCCACGGCCACAGUGGCCGGGGCUACGAGGCGCACACCCUUACCGCGGCGUCCGUGGCGACGGCAGGAGCCGGGUCUAAAGACUGUUACAGCCUGCAGGCCUACCCCAUUUACAGUGGGGGGGAAUCUGCCCCGGCCAAAAAACAGUACAAGGAGGGCAAAGUUUCAGCCCAGCACAUGCAGAGCAGCUACACCAAUCAUGCACUGGGCCCCGCCUACCCAGCUCAAUACCUAAGCGAGGGCCACCUUCAGCAGAAGUGGGCAGAGUCCCCUCACCUGCCCCAGUAUGAGCAGGAGGCAACAGGAACGGUGGCUCCUGGGGCCUCAGGCGGGUCCCAGUAUCUGGAGCCGAACAUGCUGGCCAUUCCCCAGAGCCAGUGCCCACACACUGCCCAGCCGUCCACACCGGUUUACACCGGCGGCCACCACCAACGGCACCCAUCACGGAACAGCUCCCCAUCCCCCGUGAUCCACGCCCAGGGACGCCUGCACUUCCCCCAGCACCCCCAGCCCCUGUCCUCCCCCGCCCAGUCCUACAUGGACAAGUGCACCCCCAUGCCGCACUGCUACAAGGGCUACCCUAUGCCCCCCGGCUCCCAGUACAGCAGGCAGAUGGCAAGUAGCGGUGCCAACAACCUCAAGCCGAGCACCUACAGAUCUCAGAACAGCUACAACUACCCCCAGCCUCCGUCCAGAGUUGGGUAUGAGCAGAUGUCCACCAUGCAGGGGAUCCCUGCUUCCCAGGACAGCCUCUCAAAGUACCAGCACUUCGGUCAGCCUCAGCAGAGCUACUGCCUGUCGGAUGUGUCUGUGCGGUCGCCGGAGCAGUACUACCAGAACUGUAGCCCCAGCUCUGGCCACUCGCCCGCCAGGUCGAUGGGGAGGUCCCCAUCUUACAGCUCUACCCCUUCCCCCUUGAUGGUCAGUUCCGAGACCUUCCAGUACAGCCAGCAGCCCGCCAUGGCCUCUGGGGGCCCCUCCUCCUCCUCCGCCUCAUCUUCCACAGGGCUGCAGGAGCAGCUACUGAUGCCCCCGCACUCCCACGCAUCCCCCGGCGUGGGCCACCAGGGGGCGGGCUACUCCGGCACCCUGAAGGAGAGGUUCUCCGAGAAGCUGCUAUCCAACCCAAGCCUGUGGAGCCUCAAUGCCCUGACCUCCCAGGUGGAAAACAUACCCAGCAAUGUCCAGCAGCUCCUGCUCUCUGAAGCAAUGGUGGGCAACAAGAAGGGAGGCAAGCGAGGAGGCAUGAAGAAGGGGGAGGACUUCAAGGGCCAGCCUCAGAUGCAUGAGGACACCUCAUGCCCAGAGGUCCAGAACAGCGUGCCCCUGCCAGAGGCCUACGGGACUCCCCAGCCCAUCCUUGCCGAGUUACAAGAGGCAGGAUACUCAAGCAGCUCAGACGAGCAGCUGGAGAGGAGCUACUACUACUGUGGCCAAAACAGAAGCCCAGCACAAGCCCCCGCCAACACUCAGCACACCCUAGACGGCAUGCCCUCCUGCACCCUGACCUCACCUGAUAGCAUGUCCACUAAGUCCGAGGACUCUGCAACUGGCCUGCAGAGCGGACAGCCUGGGGACAGCGUUGGUUCUGUGCCUGGACUUCAGAGUGCACUGCCUGGGGAGCACCUCAACUCUGUGUCCAGGCUUCAGAGCGCACAAACCAGGGAAGACAUCAACAUCUCCAUGAAGAACAUCGGAGAGGCAGAACCUGCAAACAGUGUUGCUAUUCCCAGCCCUGUGAGGCCCCAGCAAGGCUCCCCGGCAGACAUCCAGGGCCUUAGAGUCUCACUUAAAGAAAAUUUUGAGGAGUCAGCUUGGUCCCUUGUUGAGGGGAAAGAGACCAUGAAGGACAACUUAACAGCAGACCAUGGCGGUAGAACUAAGGUCACUGAAGAACAUGAGCAGCAGGGGAACUGGCCAGCAGAUGAGAAAUGCACAUCCCUGUUUCAUAAGGUUGACAAAGUUCUGAUGGAGAAAAACUACCCCACUGACAUGGAGGAGAACAUAUACAGAGCGCUGCAAAACCAGUGUUAUUCGGAUGACCCAGGGUCUGCUGAAAAGUCCACUCACCCAUCAGACUUCAGCCAUGAGAGAGAGACAGGGUCCAGUGCCAAAUUAGAAACACACAAAUCAGAGUUCCAUGAUGAUUAUAAUGCCACCAGUAAGCCAGAGACCUUUGUCUGGAGGGACGACCUUGAAGAAAACCGAUACCUGCCCCUGAAAGCGGACAACCCAGGGCAUCCACAGUUCAGCUCUGGGGUGGAUCAGUUGGAGGAGAAGCAACUUUCAAAGGUGGAGAGUGAGAAGUGGGAGACUCCAAAAGAGCAGUGCUGUGCCCUUGCUGAUCCAGCCACCGAAGCGAAACAGGAGGACAGCUCACCAUCCGUGGAGGACGCUGUUAAUCAUAGAACACAGUCUCGAGAGCUGGGAGAAAUCCACAGCCCGGCCAAGGAGCAAGGAGACAAGCCUUCAACCAACACAGAUGCUGCAGGGACUGAGCUGGCUGCUGCUGAAAGGAGGCUAGCUGUUCCAGACGUAGCAACUCCACUGUUUCCCACAGAAAAGAUUUUCUCUACAAUGGCUGAAAAGGCGAUGCCUCCGACCCAGGCGAGGAGCCACCUUGAUCGUCGCGAUGCUGAGGUGCUGGAGCCCGAUUCCCCUCAACUACCAGGAAAGUCAGUUCUGCACCCCGCCCCAUCCUGGGCUGACACCCCACCUUCCCCGAAGAAAGGCGAUGAUGACAUAGAGCCGGGGAUAAGCUGCCCGAGUGCAGUGACGCCUUCACCUUCUGCCAAACUGGAGCCGAUUGGCCCUUCAGCUUACCUCGGAGUGUUCCAGAGGAAGCACACAAGGGGCAGGAGAGGACGUCCCGCGAGGCCAAUGCAUAUGGGCGUGCGGAUCAGGGGGCUGGCUGGUGGGGAAGAAAAGGGGGAUACCGCAACUAUAGCCUCAAGCAAAAGCACGCUUUUCCCAGAGGAAAUAGAGGCCAGUCACAAGGACAUCUCUAGUCAAACGCCCAAACUUUCAGCAGAGGGGUUCCCCUCCAGGAUGUGUACCCGUUCUUUCACUGCGCAGGCUGCACCAAAGCCUUGCCCUUAUUUGAAGAGGCGACCAGGUCCAAAACCUUCAGAGGGGUUUCCUACCAAGGACCCCCCGGAUAAUCCCAAGGGCUUGAUCACCAAAAUCAAGUGGAUGAAGCAAAGGGGCUUUAUGCAAGAUGCCGUGGGCCACACAAAAGGCAGGAGAGGUCCGAGUGCAACCACCCCACAAGACGAAAACCAAGACACACCUCCCCUUCCACCGCCUUCUCCCAUUAAAGACCAAAAAUCCAUGGUCCUGAGGUCCAGAAAGCAAGCAGAAGAGAUACCACCGAAAGAGAAGGAGAAGGAGAAGAGGACUGUGUGCAGUCCUCCAAAGAAGCUGAAAGAAAUGAAGAAGCAGAAGGUGGCAUCAAUGAAAGAUCAGGAUGGAGUGGGUCCGAAACCCAACCUCACUGCCUCUCUACAGAAAGGUGUCUGCAAGACUGCAAUAUGCAAACCAGAUGAGACGAUUACACCCAUCAAUAAGAGGAAAUCCAGUUUUCCUUCUCCUGUGCCCCUGAAAAAACAGAGAGGGGUGAAAGGUGGCAAACUGGAGACCGAAAAGACUCCUGUAGAAACCAAGGUAACAGUUGUAAGAGGUCCCAAGAAGAAGCUAAAGAGAGGGGAACAUUUGACAGCAUCUUUAGGCUGCUUUCCUACCAAAGAUCCUCCCCUCCCUGCCAGUGACAUAGCAGACCUCUCUUGCACACCUCCUCAGUGUCCUACAAAAACCAAGUACCUACCCCCAAGGAAAGGCAGAGGUCUAAAGUAUGAGGCUAUGGUUCAGAAGAUUACAUCCCCAGGGUCAAAAAAACAAGUCCUGAAUCCUCAAGUAGACACACCUGGAGAUCUGGUGUCAAAAGCCACUGCAACACAGGUUGUGGAAGAAAAGGAGAUGGUAAAAGCUGCAGAGGUGAAAGUAGAGGACACUAAAGACUCACAGAGUGCAGCUGUAAAGGAAGAAGAGGCAUGCGUCAAAGCCGCCACUGUCAGGAGGAGGAGAGGGAGGCCAGCGGGGAGUGGGGAUCGCCAUGAGGUGGCACCACCAGAGGCCACCAGCCUAGUCAUAAACACUCCCCGACUGGCUAAACAAAGAGCGAUCAAAAACAACCGCGAGAUGCACAUGAAGCAGAGGAGGAAGAGGAGGAAAGGCCCCAGCCUGCCAGAAGGCACUGCCACCAAUGAGCAGCAGGACCUGCCCCCUGCCUCCCUACCACCCCCAAUCUCCACCCCACCCCCUGAGCCUGUGCCUCCCCCUACUUCUUCACCACCCCCUACUUCUGCUCUGCCCCUGGUCUCUGCUCCACCCACCUGCACUGAAGAGCCAGUAGGCGGUGUGCAGGCCACAACCAUCACCAGCAUCUGUAAAAGGGGGAGACGCAGGUUACCUCUCACAAAAAAGAGGCGCGGGAAACCGUGCAGCAAGCAAAGCAGCACAAAACCCAACACCCUCACAAGAGGGCCCAAAAGAAAAAACAGGGAUAACUUAGAUGCCGUUAUGACUCUGGAAAAAGUACACAAACUUAAAGUGAGGCACAAAAAACAAUGUUCCGCCGCAGUGGAGCAGAGAGGCCCGGUCCUUCCUUUAAAUCACGUCUCGAGUAAACCACCAGAAAAUGAAAGCAAGCCUUCCUUUAGACCAUAUGUGCGCAUCGACAGCUCAGAGGAGCUGCCUUCCCUUUGCACCAUAGUUAACAGGCCAGAGGAGGAGCUACUUCUUCAUGAAGAGAGGAAGAAAAGUGUUGCAAAACUGAGGAAUUCUGCCAGCAUUUCCAAGGCUCCCCCAAACUCCUCAGUCAUGUUACAGGGGCCCUUGGUUAAUGCAAGCCUGACAGACAGGUGUUUAACGUGCUGCCUGUGUCAAAAACCAGCAAAUUACAGAGAGCUGGGGGACCUCUGUGGUCCUUAUUACCCCGAAGACAGUAUACCCAGGAAGGCACUGUCAUUCAGACCCAAACUGGAGUGCAGGGAGGACGGGGAGGAAACAAACAGCAGUACUGUGGAGCCCAGUCUUCCUCCGAAGAAAGAGAGCAUGAAAAGUCCAGGCAGGCGCGGGCGGCCCAGGAGAGCGGAUAAGGCCCAAAGGGAGGGCAGCGGGGGCCGGCCCAGUUUCCGGGAGCAGUACAGGAAGCUGCAGCAGUUCCAGGGGUAUGACAGGAGAGCUGGGGAGGGGUCGGACAGGGGCAGGGGCGGGGCCGGGCUGCGGAGGCUGCAGCUGGAGGCAGAGGCGAGGGAGCACUGGGCUCAUGAGGCGUGCGCCGUCUGGACGGAUGGAGUCGUUCUGAUCACUGGCAAGCUGUACGGCCUAACUGAAGCCGCGCGCAUCGCGGCUGAAACGAGAUGCUCCAAGUGUCAGAGCGUGGGCGCGUCCAUCAGCUGCUGCUGGAAAGGGUGCACGCAGAUAUUCCACUUCGUCUGUGCCAAAGACACGGGUUGCUUGUUGCAAGAAGACGAUUUUUCGUUGAAAUGUACUAAACACAAGGCUAUGUAAAACGGCCUUAUGAAUAUUUCCUAUGCAGUGCAAAAGAGGACAUAGGCACCUGCGCUGAAGAGUCCAAAUGGAUUGCACAGCUCGACCGAAACACCAGACUUGACCAUUCCCGCUCCGCAGCAACAUCACAGCGGGUCGACUGAGCAGUGUUGUCGUCGUCGAGGGCAUUUCACGUUAUUCCUCGAGAACUUUGGGACAGCUGCAUUUCAAUGUUUCGCUGAUUCAAAAGACGAGGACCAGCAAAACUACAGUGGAAACAGUAAUUAUGCGUGGUUAUUGCAAGCUGGUUUACAAUCCGACUGUGCCAUCCAUUUUAGGGGAACUGUUUCUAAGGUAUGGUUUUACACGGCAAGCGAAAACACUCCAACUGAGCGUUUUACCCCCUUAAUCAGUUCCGGCGGAUUUGCGCAUUGAUGCGCUCAGACUCAAGAUGUCAUCAGUACUUACUGGAUGUAUUUCAAUGUACGCUUGAGUGUUAAACAUGUACAUGGCGUGCUUGACAGGAGUAAAUAUUCAGAUAUGAAAAGAUAUUUUACUAUAACGCUCUUCCAAGAUGUAUUUUGAUGUGCAUUUACAAAUGUAUGACACAACCGAAUCGAUAUCAGUAUCUGUUCAACUCAAUAUUUUCAGAACUGUCGAGUUUAAUCCAAGUCAGCCACGUGCAUCAAGUAGAUCCCUGCCCAGAGACGAAGACCUUCGCAAGGCUACACAACGUCGACUUUGUGCUCUUGGACUUCUGUCUGUACCGUAGUUGAUGCUGGGAAGUGACGGCCUAGCAUAUGCACAGUACUUUAACACUCACGUCAC